AUGAAGAACUCACCGUAUGACCGCCUCUGGCGCCGGGAAAUAGGGGAGCCGUCGCGCCUUGCCAGUAUUCGCGGGAUCUAUGGAUCUAAGGAAUGGGUAGACGAUCUAGACAUCGUCAACGAGCUGGGUGGACAUACAGGCUGUGUUAAUGCAUUAUGUUGGUCACGAUCUGGCCAGCUUCUCGCCUCAGGAUCCGACGACCAUUAUGUGAAUAUCUAUUCCUACCAACCCGAGUCGUCAUCGGCACCCUUUUCCCUGAAUACCACUCUCCAUACUGGCCAUAGAGCGAACAUAUUCUCCGUCAAGUUCAUGCCACACUCAAAUGAUCGUACCUUGGUAACAUGCGCUGGUGACCAUCAGGUUCGGGUCUUUGACAUCGAAUACUCUAGCAGUAAUGGUAAUCUUGAGGCUACUUCUGCUUUUACUGCCUCCGCCCGCAGUCGGCGAUUCAACAAUUUUUUCACAAAUACCCGGUUCCUGACUGCAGAGAAUACAAAUAGCCGUGUCUAUCGUAGCCAUGCGGAUCGUGUUAAGCGUAUUGUCACUGAGUCGUCCCCGUAUCUAUUCCUGACGUGCUCCGAGGAUGGUGAGGUACGACAAUGGGAUCUACGUCAGCCUUCCUCCGCGUAUCCUAAGCCGUUAGGUGGCCAAGGCCCCAUGGCCUAUCGGCCGGGGGUGGUGCACGAUGAUUCGAAUGUUCCUCCACCCCUGAUUUCUUACAAACGGCAUCAUCUGGAUCUCAACACCAUAUCGUGCUCUGCUACUCAACCCCAUUACAUUGCGCUGGGCGGUGCUCAUCUUCAUUGUUUUCUCCACGAUAGGCGUAUGUUGGGCCGCGAUUUGCUCAAGGAGAGAGGGGACCCGGGCGGCUCUCCUCGGAUCGGCAGUGAUCGCGAGGACGAGCUGAUGAGUCAAGCGACAAGAUGUGUUCGAAGAUUCGCACCCAAUGGCAAGCGCCGGAUGAAACCGCGGGACAACGGACAUAUCACUGCCUGUAAGAUCAGUGAUGUCAACCCGAACGAGAUGGUGGUUAGCUGGUCGGGUGAUCACAUUUACAGUUUUGAUCUCAUUCAAAGCCCCGAUGCCAGAGAAGCCGAGUCAGCACGCCAAAGGUCCCCACAGGAAACCCAGUCUCCGCGUAAACGACGGAACUCAAAGAAUAGAAAGCGCAAGCGUCGAAAUGGCGCUUCGAUAUCAUCUUCCGAGUUUAGUGGUAAUCGGCAUCAGUCUCGCCGGCGGUCCCACGAGCAACCAGACGAUGACGAACUGAUGAUUCGCGCACGGUAUGGGAACGGCGAAACAGGGGAUGUUCCGCUAUCAGCGGUCUCCGCGUCUACUCCUGGUGCGUCAAGGCGUGCAAGGAAGCAAGCAAGGUAUCCUGUUUUGAACGAAGCGCAAAGACUCAGCAUGCGUAUUGCCAGAGCUCUAGUUAAGCUCCGCAAGGCUUUGUUCUCACUAGAGGCCACUGUACGAGAGGCAGGCGAAUCGCCGAGCCAGCUAAAUCAGACCCUCUAUGUUGAUUCCUUUUCAACGGCGCUGACACUGGCUUCGGAAUAUCUCCCAAAGAUGGAGGAAGUCAUGCGAACGUGGGGAUACCCUCUCAAUCCUUCUUCUGAUGUGGUCAGGUUCCAACAGGCUCUUCGUCGAAACAGGGAGACAACCUGGAGAUUUGUCCAAGCCGCAGGAACGUUAGCCCGCGUUCUGGGAGGCGAGCUCCGCGGAAACUCCCUCCCUGACGUGCCGUUUAUGCAAAUCAUGCCUGCGCCCGGAGAGGGCAAUACUAUCCCUGAAGAGGCUCAAUUCGGCUAUGAUUUCCUAAAGGCCAUACUGCUGUUUUUGGAAGGAGGUAGAGAGGCUAUCAUUUCAGGAUUCAAGCGUAGUAAUGAACAUCGGCGGAGUGCGUCACGGUAUCCUUUGUCUGACGAAGCUGAUGACAGUGCCAUUGAAUCGGAGCUAGUUCCUUAUCUUCAGAGACUUGCGGGUGACACGCCUGUCGUGAACGUUGAUGCCUCGAGAUUCGAACACGAUAGCACACGUGUACUUUUUCCGAACCAACGCGCAGCAGUGACGGCUUUUGCAAACGUUGUGAAACUCCCACUCGAAGACCUAGAAAACGCUGCUGCGAGAACCCAUGAUGGUGACGGUCAUUCUGAUACAUCCCAUAUCCGCUCCCUUGAUCGAACAGCGGUACGGCGGUUCUGGGGCAUAAAGGUCGCUCGUGGUAUUUUAAUUGAGGCAGGUUCGGGAGUAAAUUACUCAUUUGCCAACCGUGCAUUCGGUGGGUUGCGUACAGUAAUAGAAGACGAAUCUUCUGAACCCGAAGGCGAAACAGGCCCAGAGAGGUCGCAAACUGACAUACGGCCCGAUUUUGAAGAGUAUCAGAUUUUCGAGCAUCUCCACAUGUUGUCUGCCAUGAAUUCUACCGAAGAAGCCUUGAUUUCAGGCGGCGGAGGGCCCGAUGCUACUUUUGGGUCUGUAUCCCAGGUUAUUCUCACUCCAUCGACUGACGCUGAUAGCGAGACAAGUGACCACAGUUUUUCCGAGCCGCACGCCAGUGAUUCUGAUAGUGACGAGAGUAAUUCUGAUCAUGAUGAGAGUGGAUCUGAUGUAGCUGUGGAGGAAGAUGAUGAUGAAGAUGAUGAAGACGAUGAUGAUGAUGAUGAAGAUGAGGAGGAUAGUAGUGACGACGAUAAUGACGAUGACGGGUUUGACAUCGAUAACAGCUCCGAAGACGGUUAUGAUAGCGAUGAAAUGCUCGAGCCUGAAGAGCGUAUGCUCCGCCUCAACGGCUUGAGAACAUCCCGAAGAGAGGAGGCGGGUCUCGACGUGCCGUGCUCCUCACAUACCAAAGUCUACCGCGGACAUUGCAAUGUUAAAACAGUCAAAGAUGUCAAUUUCUUUGGUUUGAAUGAUGAAUACGUGGUGAGCGGCAGCGACAUGGGGCAUCUGUUCAUCUGGGACCGGAAGACAUGUGACUUGGUCAAUAUUCUGGAAGGUGAUAGUGAAGUCGUCAACGUUAUACAAGGCCAUCCAUACGAGCCGACCAUCGCGGCUUCUGGAAUAGACACUACUAUCAAAAUUUUCUCAGCCGACAGAAAUGCACAGGAGAACGCUCGCCACGGCAUCAACAUUCUGAACCCUGAGAGCCCAGCUAAUGUGCUAAGUCCGAGUGUCUCAAACAUCGGUGGGCUCAACAGCUGCAAGCGCAUGCACGAUAGCUACCAGAUAAUGAGUCAGAAUGAUGUCGAACGUCAAGGCGGGAUGGCCGAUGCAAACCUCACAAGAGAGAUGCUCUCCCGGAUUGCCGUAAGCAUCAGACAUGGUGGAGGACAAGGAAUUGUCGUGGAUGAGAAUUGCAACAUGAUGUGA